AGACAGCUGCUCUCCGUCUCUUCAAUAUUUUAAAGAAGGAAAGAGAUUGAUUCAUAACUUAAAUCUUCAUUCAUCCUACAAAUCUUGUUUCUUCCCCGGGUCAACAAUCAAAAUAUGGGUUUCGCAAAAAGAUGCUAACUUUCAAAGUGUUCUUCACUGUCCAAACAUAGCUAGAAUCGCGAGCUCGAAAGAAAAAAUAAGAAGAAAACAUGCGUAUUUUGUGCGAUGCCUGUGAGAGCGCCGCCGCAAUAGUCUUCUGCGCCGCCGACGAAGCUGCCCUCUGUUGCUCCUGCGACGAAAAAGUUCAUAUGUGCAACAAGCUAGCUAGCCGACAUGUCCGUGUAGGUUUGGCUGAUCCCAGCAAUGCGCCAAGCUGUGACAUAUGCGAAAAUGCACCUGCCUUCUUUUACUGUGAGAUAGACGGUACUUCUCUUUGUCUACAAUGCGACAUGGUUGUUCAUGUUGGCGGCAAGAGAACUCACAGGCGCUUUCUAUUGCUAAGACAGAGGAUUGAGUUUCCAGGUGAUAAGCCUAACCACGCAGAUGAUCUGGGACUAAGGUGUCAGGAAGCAAACCGUCAAAAGGUCUCCUCAUCAGGUCGAGGUCAAGAAUCAAAUGGGAAUGGUGAUCAUAAUAUGAUUGAUCUUAACUCCAACCCUCAAAGAGUACACGAGCCUGGAUCAAAUCACCAAGGUAUCGAUGUAAAUAGCACAAACAACCAUGAGCCUGUAGGCGUUGUACCUGUUGGAACGUUUAAAAGAGAGUGAUCAGAGAUACACUAAGAUCAAGUAAGAAGUAUGUAGGCAUGCAAGAACACUAUCAGUAUUGUGCAUUAUGUUUUUUUUUUUUUGUUUUUGAAGAAAUUAGCUUAAAAGAUAAAGAUAAAAGAUCUGAAACAAAUAAGCUUUUUUAUUAAAAAAAAAUCUGGAUCGCUUCUCUGUUUUUCUUUCUUUUGCGGAUUGGUUGAUUAGAUAACAAAGCUUAGAAGAGAUUGUGUAUAAACGACUCAUCAUAGUUAAUGUCUCAAUGAAACUAUGAAAGUCUCUGUUAAGAAAACUGUCACAUUCAGAACACCACUUUGAUAGAGAAAGUACUAGAAUCUUGAUAACUAUUUCAGUAGGUUGUAGCCAUUAAAGCACAUGCGUUGGUGGCUCUGAGUUAAGAGAUCAUCGUGAGAACCAUUUAUUUAUAUC